AAUUUUCAAGAAAAAAGAAGCGUAGAGCUCGCUUAAUCUCCUUUUCUUAUGGUUAACCUUUCCUUCUCUUUGCAUUUAUAACUCACUUCUAUUUUUAGCAUUUUUCUUUUUCUCUCUCUUGCUUGAUGGAACCAAAACUCUGCUAAACAGAUCCAAAAGGAAAACAGGAAAAUUUUCAGGGUGUUGUAGUGUCUGAAUCAUACAGCCCAGGAUUUGGCAUUGAAAAUUUUAAACUUUAUGUAAGAAGAGGCCAUCUUUUUGUUGGAUUUCAGAAGAAUAUAUACUGGAAGGUCAUAGAAUUUGAGGAUCAAGAGCAACUGAAAGGGUAUCCAUUUCAUAUCUUGGUCUAAUUUUAGAAGAAUAAGGUAUGAUCUUGUUUUAUAUUGGACAUGGAUGACAAUUUAAUGGAGGAGAGAUUUGUGUUUAUUUGGUGAAAUGACUCAAUGCGAAAAUGUAAGAUGAAACAAUUAAGUUUUUAGACAUGGAAACCAAGGAAGAAGCUGAAGGAAAUGAAGACAAUCCACCAUUACCCCUUUGGGAAUUAAACCAUCUUUUGGAGGAGGAGGAAAAGGAGGGUGUCAAAGACAAAGUGGAUGGAGAGGCACAAAAUUCCAAGCAGUCAAGGAUCUCGAAUCCUUCAAGGCUGCCGCCAUUGGGGCAUAGGCGCACUCAGAGUGAAGUUCUAGCUGCAGGACACCGGCGUAAUAAUAAUUUCCUAAGAACAAAAACUUCUAUGCAGAAAGCUUUGCGAUGGGGCGGAAUUCCAAAGGAUGGAAAGUACCAGUCAAGCUUCAAUCCUGAGGUUCUGGCAAACCAGAAACGCCAGUGGUAUCAACUCCAGUCCAAAACCAAGGAAAAGCUCAAAUAUGAGCAGCCCACUUCAGUCUUCGAGCACUUCAUUAUUGCCGGAAUUCAUCCAGAUACUGAACUUGGGUCUGUGGCGGAAACCACUGCUAAGAGGAAGAAGUGGGAAACAGAUAUGAAAAGAUCCGGAAUGAUAGAUCUUAAAAUGAUACAGAAUCACGGUCCUCCAGCUCCAAUAUUUGAACCCAAGAUACUUUUUAGAUACCCUCCUGGGAAGAAGUUAUCUAUGCGUUUGAAGGACUUAGCUACCUUUUGUUUUCCUGGAGGUGUCAAGGCACGAUUGCUUGAAAGAACUCCAUCAUUUAGUGAACUAAAUCAGCUUCUUUAUGGACAGGAGCAUUUGGGCAGAGAUGAUUUUACAUUUAUUUUCUCACUAAAGGUGGCAGGAAAUGCUACGGUUUACGGUGUUUGCUUGCAUGUACCAGAACUUGUAAAAAGGCAGCCUGGUAAUUUUUUUGGUGCAUCACGUCUUUCUGAAAUUUCAGGAGCAAGGAGCCAGUUUCUGGUUUCUGCACCCCGCUGCUAUUGUUUGCUAACUAGAGUUCCUUUCUUUGAGUUGCACUAUGAGAUGUUGAACAGUAUCAUUGCACAGGAGCGCCUGAAUCGAAUAACUGAAGUUGUUAGUGAAAUGAAUCCAUCUCUCGAUGAUAAUGCACUAUCUUUCUCAAAACAAGAUGAUCAAAUAAACGAUAACACCAUCACCGACAAUCCCAAUAACAAGUAUGUUAAUGAUUGGAUGGCUUCGGCGAUGCCUGCUAACAGUACAGUGAUUCCUGGUGAUGCUACUGCCAAUGAUGAGUUUUCAUCUGCUUCUUUAAAGAUAGGUUCGCCACUUUCACCUGAAAGUGUAACUGCUAGUGAGGUUUUAGAAAGCGUGCUCUAUAUUGAUGACAAUGUAUCUGAAGCCUCGGAAAAUCGGAUCAGUGCUUCAGAAAGAAUAAACGACAACUUUGAAAAUGGGCAAAAUUCUCCAGAUAUUGGAUCAGUUGUAAGCUUGAGGAGCUGCACUUCUACUCAAUCGCUAUUCAGUCCAGCUAGAAGCCCGACAUUAGAAUAUAAUGAUGAGGAUGAUGACCUUUUCUGGAAUAAUGAAAAAGAAUAUGGAGAUGAUUCGAUAUUGGAAUGGGCUAAGGAAAACAAGAAUGGUCUUCUACAGAUAGUUUGUGGUUAUCAUGCUUUAGCUCUUCCUCCACGAGGAAGUGAAAUAGUUUUCCAGCCUCUUGAGCAUUUACAGGCUAUUGAGUACGAGAGACCUCCUAUUUCAGCCCUUGCAUUGGAUGAAAGUUAUUUUUAUUCAUUUGAAGCAGCUGAGAUCAAUGCAAAAUUGGAUUCAGCGGAGGAAGCUCUUGCACUUUCAGUAUGGACAACCGCAACGAUUUGCCGAGUUCUCUCUCUUGAUGGUAUUUUGGCAGUGCUCGCAGGAGUACUACUGGAAAAACAGGUUGUAGUAGUUUGCCCGAAUCUGGGUGUUCUGUCGGCUGUCGUGUUGGCACUUAUUCCUAUCAUUCGUCCAUUUCAAUGGCAGAGUCUAUUGCUUCCAGUACUGCCGAUGACGAUGCUGGAUUUUCUUGAUGCACCUGUUCCAUUUCUUGUUGGCGUACAAGAUAAACCCGCUGAUUUGAAAAUGAAAACAUCUAAUCUUGUUCAAGUUAAUUUGCCCAAGAAACAGGUGAAAACAUGUUACGUGCCACCACUUCCUCAACGUAAAGAACUUGUAUCGGAGCUAGGGCCAAUCCAUUCGAGACUCUCCUAUGAAGGGUCGAUUGCUAAGAAGCAUCCUACAUAUAGGUGCAAUGAGGCGCAGGCUGAAGCCGCAUCCCAGUUUUUGGCAGUCAUGAGGGAAUACCUGGAGUCGCUUUGUGAAAACCUGAGGUCUCAUACAAUUACUAAUGUACAAUCAAACGAUGACAAGGUUUCCAUACUACUUAAAGAAAGUUUUAUCGACUCUUUUCCGGUUAAGGACCAGCCUUUCAUUAAGCUGUUUGUAGACACACAACUAUUCACUGUUCUAUCAGAUUCUCGUCUGUCAAGUUAUGAGAAUGAGCGCUAACUUAAAACCCCCACCAACUACCAGGUAUGUUUGCAUCAAGUGAAACUUCCCAGAUGAUAUACCUUAGGUACUUACUCUUGAAUUAGGCCAAAAAG